AUGCCUGAACCGGCCAAGUCUGCUCCUGCUCCCAAGAAGGGCUCUAAGAAGGCGGUGAGCAAGGCCCAGAAGAAGGAUGGCAAAAAGCGCAAGCGCAGCCGCAAGGAGAGCUACUCUGUCUACGUGUACAAAGUGCUGAAGCAGGUCCACCCGGACACCGGCAUUUCAUCCAAGGCCAUGGGUAUCAUGAACUCCUUCGUGAACGACAUUUUUGAGCGUAUCGCAGGUGAGGCUUCCCGCCUGGCGCAUUAUAAUAAGCGAUCGACCAUCACGUCCCGGGAGAUCCAGACGGCGGUGCGCCUGCUGCUGCCUGGGGAGCUGGCCAAACACGCUGUGUCUGAAGGCACCAAGGCCGUCACCAAAUAUACUAGCUCCAAACAAACGAGCAAGCAGUUCUCAAGGGAAUAUGUAAACGUUCCUAUUAUCCACUCAAAAGGUAGCAUAGGAUGA